CUUUUCCUCAAUCAAACUCACUCAUUCCAUCCCAGUCGUCGUUCGAUUCAAAAAUCAGUUCCAAUGUCUGAUAACACCGAUAACCGGAGAGCAAUAUGGGGAGUUCCGGAGAAGCUUCAGCUUCACAUAGCGAUGCUCACGUUACAAUUCGGUUACGCAGGAUUCCACGUGGUCUCGAGAGCUGCUCUUAACAUGGGAAUCAGCAAACUUGUCUUCCCUGUUUACCGUAACAUCAUCGCCUUGCUUCUUCUCCUUCCCUUCGCUUACUUCCUCGAAAAGAAAGAGAGACCAGCGAUUACUCUCAACUUUAUCAUCCAGUUCUUCUUUUUGGCACUCAUCGGAAUAACAGCGAACCAAGGGUUUUACUUGUUGGGUCUGGACUACACUUCACCAACGUUUGCUUCUUCCAUGCAAAACUCUGUUCCCGCCAUCACCUUUCUCAUGGCUGCUCUUCUCAGGAUUGAGAAAGUUAGAAUAAACAGAAGAGACGGCAUCUCCAAAGUCUUAGGAACAGCACUUUGCGUCGCCGGAGCUUCUGUCAUCACUCUCUACAAGGGUCCCACCAUCUACACACCCACUAGCAACCUCCACGCUCACCUCCUCACAACCAACUCCGCCGCCUCCGCCGUCUUAGCGCCGCUUGGAGACGCCGCGCCAAAAAACUGGACUCUUGGCUGCAUCUACCUGAUUGGUCACUGUCUCUCCUGGUCCGGUUGGCUCGUGUUUCAAGCUCCGGUUCUUAAAUCUUAUCCGGCGAGGCUCUCGGUUACGUCUUACACCCUUUUGUUCGGAAUCAUCCAGUUCGUGAUCAUCGCUGCUUUCUGCGAAAGAGAUUCUCAGGCUUGGGUUUUUCACUCCGGUUGGGAGCUUUUCACCAUCCUAUACGCAGGAAUAGUGGCGUCUGGAAUCGCGUUUGCGGUUCAGAUUUGGUGUAUUGACAGAGGGGGUCCAGUCUUCGUUGCUGUUUACCAACCUGUUCAGACUUUGGUCGUUGCCAUAAUGGCUUCGAUUGCUUUAGGCGAGGAGUUUUACUUGGGCGGUAUUAUUGGAGCUGUGCUGAUUAUAGCGGGACUUUACUUUGUGUUGUACGGUAAGAGCGAAGAGAGGAAGUUUGCAGCUCUAGAGAAGGCGGCGAUCCAGUCCUCCGCGGAGCAUGGUAUAGAGCGUGCACCCAUUUCUCGCGGCUCCAUCACAACUCCACUGCUCCAUCAGUCAACGAGCAACGUUUGACUAAUGGAGUAUUCCUCAAUAAUUACAAAUGCCAUUACCCAAUUAAAAGGGGGAACAAUGGUGUGCCGUUGUGUUUUAUGACUUUUGUGUCUGCUUUUUUCUUUAUUUUAGUUUUUUUUUCUUGAUAUUUAAUUACCUACGAAAGGUUUUUGAGAGGGAAAAUGGUGGAUGAGACAUCAUUGUUCAUGAGGAUGGUGGUGAUGAUGAUGUUGAUGAUGGUGAUGAUGAAGACUAUGGGAACUUUGGACUGGGACUUCUCAAUAUUAUUAUAUUUGGCUGAAAUAUUUAUGCCUUUUAUUACAUUUCUUGUGGUUUUUCUUGGCUUUUCUAUCAUCAAUAGAACGUUAUAAUUUGCAUU